GGCGGCCGUGACUCACGUCCGCGCGAACCCCUGCACCCCAGCGGCCCGCGGCGCUCCCUGCCCCCCUCCCCGGCGGCAGCCGGCCUUGCCGUCGAGUGACAGCGGCCUGGGGGGCAGGGGGGGCGGGGGCGGCCGGACCAGCGAUGCCGGCGGGCAUGACGAAGCAUGGCUCCCGCUCCACCAGCUCGCUGCCGCCCGAGCCCAUGGAGAUCGUGCGCAGCAAGGCGUGCUCCCGGCGUGUGCGCCUCAACGUCGGGGGGCUGGCGCACGAGGUGCUCUGGCGCACCCUGGACCGCCUGCCCCGCACGCGGCUCGGCAAGCUCCGCGACUGCAACACGCACGACUCGCUGCUCGAGGUGUGCGACGACUACAGCCUCGACGACAACGAGUACUUCUUCGACCGCCACCCAGGCGCCUUCACCUCCAUCCUCAACUUCUACCGCACCGGGCGGCUGCACAUGAUGGAGGAGAUGUGCGCGCUCAGCUUUAGCCAGGAGCUCGACUACUGGGGCAUCGACGAGAUCUACCUGGAGUCCUGCUGCCAGGCCCGCUACCACCAGAAGAAGGAGCAGAUGAACGAGGAGCUCAAGCGUGAGGCCGAGACGCUGCGGGAGCGCGAGGGCGAGGAGUUCGACAACACGUGCUGCGCGGAGAAGAGGAAGAAGCUCUGGGACCUGCUGGAGAAACCCAAUUCCUCCGUGGCCGCCAAGAUCCUGGCCAUCAUUUCCAUUAUGUUCAUCGUCCUCUCCACCAUCGCCCUGUCACUCAAUACGCUGCCUGAGCUGCAGAGCCUUGAUGAGUUUGGCCAGAACACAGACAACCCGCAGCUGGCCCACGUGGAGGCCGUGUGCAUUGCAUGGUUCACCAUGGAGUACCUGCUGCGAUUCCUGUCCUCACCCAAGAAAUGGAAGUUCUUCAAGGGCCCUCUCAACGCUAUUGACUUGCUGGCCAUCUUGCCGUACUACGUCACCAUCUUCCUCACCGAGUCCAACAAGAGUGUGCUGCAGUUCCAGAACGUGCGCCGCGUGGUCCAGAUCUUCCGUAUCAUGCGCAUCCUGCGUAUCCUCAAGCUCGCACGCCACUCCACCGGCCUCCAGUCCUUGGGCUUCACCCUGCGCAGAAGCUACAAUGAGCUGGGCUUGCUCAUCCUCUUCCUUGCCAUGGGCAUCAUGAUCUUCUCUAGCCUUGUCUUUUUUGCGGAGAAGGAUGAGGAUGACACCAAGUUCAAAAGCAUCCCGGCCUCUUUCUGGUGGGCCACCAUCACCAUGACAACGGUUGGGUAUGGCGACAUCUACCCCAAAACUCUCCUGGGGAAAAUUGUUGGUGGUCUCUGCUGCAUUGCCGGGGUCCUGGUGAUUGCUCUUCCCAUUCCCAUCAUUGUCAAUAACUUCUCUGAGUUCUACAAGGAGCAGAAGAGGCAGGAGAAAGCGAUUAAGCGAAGAGAGGCUCUGGAGAGAGCCAAGAGGAACGGCAGCAUUGUCUCCAUGAACAUGAAGGACGCCUUUGCCCGGAGCAUUGAGAUGAUGGACAUCGUGGUUGAGAAGAAUGGGGAGAACCUGGGUAAGAAGGAUAAAGUGCAGGAUAACCAUUUAUCUCCCAGCAAAUGGAAGUGGACCAAGAGGACGCUGUCUGAAACCAGCUCAAGUAAGUCCUUCGAAACCAAGGAGCAGGGAUCCCCUGAAAAGGCCAGAUCAUCUUCGAGUCCUCAGCACCUGAACGUCCAGCAGUUGGAAGACAUGUACAAUAAAAUGGCCAAGACCCAGUCCCAGCCCAUUCUCACUACCAAGGACUCAGCAGCACAGAGCAAACCAAAGGAAGAACUUGAAAUGGAGAGCGUCCCCAGCCCUGUAGCUCCUCUACCGACUCGCACAGAAGGGGUCAUCGACAUGCGGAGUAUGUCGAGCAUCGACAGCUUCAUUAGCUGUGCCACAGACUUCCCCGAAGCCACCAAAUUCUCCCACAGCCCUUUGGCGUCGCUCCCCAGCAAGACCGGGGGCAGCACAGCUCCAGAGCUGGGCUGGCGGGGGGCUCUGGGUGCCAGCGGCGGGAGGCUUGUGGAGGCCAACCCUCCCCCCGAUGCCAGCCAUCAUUCCGGUUUCUUCAUCGAGAGCCCCAAGAGCUCCAUGAAGACCAACAACCCUUUGAAGCUCCGAGCGCUCAAAGUCAACUUCAUGGAGGGCGAUCCCAGCCCGCUCCUCCCCGUUCUGGGAAUGUAUCACGACCCUCUGAGGAACAGAGGGGGAGCUGCCGCGGCUGUUGCCGGACUGGAGUGUGCCACGCUCUUGGACAAGCCUGUGCUCAGCCCGGAGUCCUCCAUCUACACCACAGCAAGUGCUAGGACACCACCCCGCUCGCCCGAGAAACACACAGCAAUAGCAUUCAACUUCGAGGCGGGUAUCCACCAGUACAUCGACGCGGACACGGACGAUGAGGGGCAGCUGCUGUACAGUGUGGACUCCAGCCCUCCCAGGAGCGUGCGAGGGAGCACCAGCCCCAAGUUCAGCAUCAGCACUAGGUCGGAGAAGAACCACUUCGAAAGUUCCCCUUUACCCACCUCCCCUAAGUUCUUAAAGCAGAACUGUAUUUACUCCACCGAGGCAUUGACUGGAAAAGGCCCCAGUGGUCAGGAAAAGUGCAAACUCGAGAACCACAUCUCUCCCGACGUCCGCGUGUUGCCCGGGGGAGGAGCCCACGGGAGCACUCGGGAUCAGAGCAUCUGAGCUCCCCACCACGAAGGGGACACUUGUGGGCAAGGUCCAAGGAGGACGGCUGCUCCGCUUACCUGCCAUAGAGCUUUUCUUGGUGAACUCAGAAACAGAAAAGCUCUGCAAAGCUCCCAGGGAGCAAAGAGACUCACAGAAGUUCCCUAAGACCUGGAGAGCCGUGACAGGUCCGUCAGCAUGAAAUUGGCCAAGCUGUGGGGACAGUGCCUCCUUGUAAUAAUUUUACUGCUCUCUUUGGGAGAUGACACAAGCAGAGCUCACAGCCACCACCACCACCACCACCAUUCUAGACCUAACUGAGGCCACCUACUCCUUCUCUCGUGGCUGUCACAGCCUCUAGGGGCAACCUUUCCACCCCUCCUGGCUUCAGCUGGAGAAGGAUGCUGGAACAAGCGGAUGGUAUUGAAAGAGUACACUGACCAAUGGGGUAUUAAGUGUCGCCUGGCCACCUCUGGGAAAACCUGUCCAUCACCUCCUGGAUCCCACCGUUAGAAGGCCGCAGGGCACACUUGUGUCCUGGGGAAAUCGCGCCAUAAGCCACGAUCCCAGAGUAAAACCCUUCCUCCAAUGACUUCAUUGACUGCAGUAUUCCGUAGUACCUGAGGUUUUAUUUUGAGAUACCAUCAGGGUGAGUUGCACCAUUUGUACUCGAUUCUUUUUGCCCCCUGGCAAUCUGGGAAGGGUUCAGAAGGCGGGCACGAAGCCAAUGGGAGGAACUCUACAUUGCUUUAGGGUUAUAGAAAGAAAAUGAUUUCUGUACAUCACUAGGGUAGACUCAAAAGAUAUCCAAGUGUCAAAUAUGCAAAAGAAAUAGCUUAUUCAAAGAGACUCUGUGUUACUGAAGAACAGUAUAAAAAUCUGAUUUUCUUUUUUACCUGCAAAAUGAGAGGAAAAGGAAAAAAAACACCCCUCGUUAAAUGCCCCAUCCAGACUUUUGAAUACUUCCUGCUGCAGCAGGGAAAGCACCUACUAUAAUAGAAAUUCUUUUUUUUGUUUCCUGUGGUAUUCAAGCUAAAAGAAAUUUAAUAAAAAGCACUUUAUGUUUUUGAAAUAUAGGUUCUACCAGGGACAGUGUCACCAUCUUGCACUUUAAAACAAGCACUAUUUCUCGUGGGCCACCCGUUGGCGCUGUAUUUGGGCUGUCGCUUCAGGCCCAUUUCCGGCCACGGUGGGCAUCAUCCAAGUCCGUGGGCUCCUUCCCUGCCCCCCUGGAGCUUCCCUCACCCUCACGGGCCAGGAGGGGUUCUCGGCCCUUGGUUAGGGCCUCUCCUAAGGUCACCUGCACAGGAGACAUGCACAUCUCAGAAGGUCCCAGCGACGGUUGGGCAUUGGGUGUUUGUUCUUUCUUGUCAACUCGCCAUUGGUGUGUUUUCAGUGUCAGUCUGUCCUACAGACUCAGCUCUCCUUCCUGCAGCCAUCAAUGCAGACAGUACAGACAAAAGCAAUAAGUAUUUGUGCGCAUCCUGAGCGGUUCUGGUGUAUUUCUUGAUGUCGGUCUUCCUGUCCUAGUUUGAUGACCUGCUAUCAUCCUGCUUGCUUUUACUCCAACGGCAUGGUGUUGUUGGCCAUUCCUCAGUGCAGUGACAUCAGGAUGAACCACUGGUUAAUGCGAUGUUAUUGUAUUGGCUCAUGUGUCAGUAAAGAUAACCUGUCUUUCCGUCUGCCUGUCUAUAGUACAACGGCGCACUGUUGUUCUCUCAGUGUACUGUUGAGGGAUGGUGUCCCAGGUAUAAUAGUGUAGUUCUGCCCGGCUUCAAUACAGUGGCAGGCAUAUGUCUUCCUGGUGGAACAAAGACAGCGUGUUGGAUCCUUAUCUUUAGUGCAAUCUGUUGCUGGCCUGCCCAUCAAUACAAUGGCAUGACCCAGAGGUCACAUUGUUGUGACACUGCCCUUAAAAAUGUGUGCUCUCUGCUGCUUAUGAACCCAGUUUAUGGCACGUCUCAGCUUCUCCAGGGAUUGUGGAGCCUCUCACAAGGGUGCGGUCUUUUAUUUGCUGUGUGUUAACAAAGAAAAUGCAAACUUGACUCCUCCUAGGUCUCUUCAGAGUACUCACAAGCAGAGGCAAAGGGGCCGAGGGGCAGGGAGAGUGAACGUGGGCGCAGGUCGGCACCCAGAGAGGAAGCACGGCGCUCCCAAAGCCCUUCGCUGAGUGCGCAGCAGGGCCGGGGCCUUUGAGGAAUGACCGUGGGACAGUUCCCCGCUGGCCAUCUUCUGUGUCUCUGUCUUCAUCGCCAUCUCUGUCCAUCAGCACAAAUGUGAAAAUUCAGGGAAAACAAAUGCUUUUUGAUAAAAGUAAAUAGUUGUGAUUUCCGAUUCAAAUAUUUUUAGAGCUGAUGCUAUCUGUAAAAAUUAAUAAUAAUAAUAUAGUCUAUUUUACAUAUCAGGAAAGUGCACAUGUUUCAAUAUAGCCAUAUAUAGUGAGAAGGAAUUAUCACCCCUUCUUCAAAUCAAGGCAUUUCGUUGUUGGUUCAAGCAGAUGAGACGUGUACAGAUUGGAAAUGAUUUCUUCUUUCUUUUUUUUUUUUUUCAAUGAAUAACCAAUUGGUGCAACUCUCCUUGUAACCAAAGGCCCUUUAUGCCUUGUGUCACGUAGGACCUGGCCCUUCUUUCCUUGUGUGUUUUGUCUGACCUAAAGUAGCAUUUUACUGAGUCACUUUUGAAGGACGAAUUCAGAAGUAUCAUUAAGAACCUACCUUUUCAGGCUUCAUAGCCAGAGUCCUAUAGAGUUCUUAUAGAAACAGAAUCAUUGAAAAUCAGCAUAUACUAUGCUUAGAGAGUAUUCCGUUUUGGUUUGGGUUUGGUUUUUUCUUUUACUUGUAUGUGUAUGUAUUGCAGGAAUACAGCUUUUGCCCUGCGUUCAACUCAAAAUGCAUAUUGUACAUUUUCCCAGCACCCCCCACACCAACCAAAAAGGAACAUACCCAGAUUUUUAAGAUGCAUACACCCAACCUGUACCUGUGUACGGGUAUGUAAUGCGCUGGGAAAUCUACCUAAGGUCUCCACUGAGAAGCUGAACUUCAUAGCCGAUCUUGGUAGAGAAGAAGAAAGCUGUGGGUGAGGCAAAGACUGCAUUAGCUCUGUCUUUUCUACCCGUUGCUGGACCAACCAGAGCAAAAAGAAGCAGAUCAACCCAAGUAAACAAAACGAGGGGCUGGGGUGGGUGGACACCUGGUCCCUUUGGCGAAUACACUGAAACUCAUCAUGAACUCGAGUUCCAGCUUCCACCACUCUCAGAAAGGGCUAGGGGCCGGGUGGCUGCGCGUCCCUCUCACGCGGGAGAGUCUGGCCAGCGGGAAGAGAAGUGGCCACGGCGUGGAGGAGCCGGUUCAUUCGCCAUUUUGUCACUGGGUAAAAGAAAACUGGUCUUUGGUGCAGUAGAUUUCUCAGUGCCUUCUUUAGGAUUUCUAUCUUAAGCACACUUUAAGGGAAAGAAAAAAGGAGAGAACAUUUGUUCCCGUGAAGCCCCUUUCUCUAAAAAGAUCAGGAAUCAAGAAGAAGAAAAGGAAACAACAAAAUCUUGAGGCGGCUGUUUCCUUUCUGCCCGCUCAGCUUGCCCCGAUCGUGACUGAUGACACAAAUGCUUCAAACUCUUUCCUGAACCUCUCCUCCGCCGUGUCUUCGUAGCUGUAGCCUCGUCUCUGCCCUUUCUCCUCAAAAGAUCCAUGUUUCUAAGGGGGGAAAAAAACAGUAUUCUCUUCUGUAAAACUGUAAUGUAUUGUUGAUAUUUGUAACUAUUGUAUAUUUCCGUCUUGCUCCAGUCAUGGCUGGAAUGUCUACUCCAUGAGCAAGGGGACAUUUAAAAUUCACCAUGGACAAGGGUCACUAAAGCCAGGUCUCUCUCUCUCCCUCUCUCUCUCUCUCCCCUUUUUUACUUCUCUGCCAAUUUGUCUCAAAUAAGAUAACCCCAGGCUGUUCAGCCUCAAGUCAAGUAAAUUUGAAUCACAGAAGGACACAAUACAAAGCCUCCAGGACAUGCGCCUUUGGGGACAUUUCUGCUGUAACCUUGAAGUUGGUUGGCAAAAGAAGGGGGCUCCCCAGUCCCCAAGAGGACAGUGGAAAGCUUCCAGCCCCAAGAGGGCUUUUCCUCACCUACCACCGCUUCUGUGACAGCAUCCAAAUGCUUUCACAUCACCCAGCCGGGGCCACCCGAACCAGCCCUGGCCGCACACAGAAAUAAGUGUCGCUUCUGCAUUUUCUGUUGCCAUUUUCCUGGCUCUAAAAGUAUCUGAGAUGUUUGCACAUCUCAGAGUAGUCUAUUUUUCUGUUCCGAUAAAAUAUAUAUAUAUGUAUUUUUAGCAAAUUUAUAAUAGGGCAACUGAGUCUAAUUUCUUCUCUUACAAUACCGAGUAAUAUCUUAGGAGUUUUAUUGUUGGUCAGUAUCAUGUUGUUUUCUGGUCUUUAUCAUUUCUUCCCAUAGUCUGUUUGUUCAGCUGUUUUUUCAUUUCUUCUCUUAGCGUCUGAUUUUGGGAGGUAGGGAAGACUUUGGGGCUUGACAUCUGGCAUAGGGACUCUCUGGUACUCGGAAGUAUCCAUUCUUUCCUCAUCCGGCCUGUGUUUCUCUUUCUCGUUGUACUUAAGCGUCCAGGACAUGAGGGCAGGAAUGAGACAGGAAGGCUGGCCUCAGAAUCCGGGUAGGACACAGGCUGCUUGAGCUCCUGCCCCACACCUUCCAUUGAUCUGAAGGGACUGCGUUUUCUCAUCCCCAGAAAUCUUGGAUCCAAAAACCUCACGUGCAAAUUUGCUGCUGGUGUCUCUGAGAUCCAGAACCCUCCCACGUCCCUACUGGCCCAACUGCCUUCACAUCCUCUGCCCCACACCCCUCUACCACCACCACCAAUCAUACCUGAAGGCCAGAGCAUGUUCGGGUUCUUGCAGACCUCAGAACAUGCUGGACCUCAGACCUCAUCAGCUUUUUAUCAGUUCCUCAUUGCAAUCCAUUUCUAACACCCUCACUGGAAGAGUAGCCAGAUGCCCUUGUAGCCAACACAGAAGCGUAGUUCCCAGAAUGUGCUCUCUCAUGCCCUCCUUCCCUUUCCAGCUGCUGGCUCCAUGAGAUUUCUUGCAGAUAGCAGUACUUUUCCAGUUUCCACCUCUCCAAGGCUUGGAGAGUUUUUGGACCAUUCUGAUAAUUAAUUCCACAAGGUGGUACGCAGCAUCAUCGAGGCUGAGGACAUCUCACUGAGCAGGAUCUUCCAGGAAAAGUGAUGCCCACCCAUUAACCCCUGCAGGAUGACAAAAGAAGGAUCUCCAGCCUGCAUUCAUCCAGGCUUUGAUCUACCAAUUACCUCCCAAUCAGCUCCAGGCUCUGCCCAGUAUCAAAGAUGUGAGCCAAACCAGGACCCCCAGAGAGCAGCGACCCAUCCUAGCCAGAUGAAUCUCCAGAGGAAGCCAACCCAAGUACAUCUUUGUUAUUCUGACCCUAAGCAAUUUGCCCACCCCCAAGAUUCUCGGUGAUCCGGUUUGAACCAGACCCAAAUAAAAGAGAUAAGAUUUAAAAAACAAAAAACUGGGGCUGGGGAUUUAGCUCAGCGGCAAAGCGCCAGCCUGGC